AUGGCAAUUUCUGGGCAAUAUCAAAAGCUCAUCAGUAUCUGUAGAAUUGUAUAUCAGAAAGAAUUUACAUCUUCAAGAGAGAAGCACAGAAAAAUCAAGAAAAUGAUGAACACAAGCUUUACAAAUGACGUUGUUUGUACUGAUAACAAUGACAUCAAAGUGACCUGCGGAACCCAAAAUGUGGAACUAUCCAUCUUUUUGUGCCCAAUUUACUUUGCUGGCUACAAUGAGAGCCUCGUGGCUUUAAACCGUCAAUUCAGUGACCCCAAAUGUCAGGGAACAGUUGAGGCAUCCGUUUCUCCUCCUGUUCUCACGUUUACAUUUCCCAUCAGUGACGUCAACUCUACUUUCUGUGGAAACAAGCUGGUGAUCACCAAUGCUCCAGGAACGGGUGCUUUUAAAGAAUUUUCAAAUAUCCAGUUUGCCAAUAUCAGUGGUUUGAUAGAAACAAAUGACCCAGUAGCAAAUGUCAUUACGUACAACCAGGAGCUCGUGUAUUUGUAUUCCUGCUCCUACCCUUUGGAGUAUAUUAUCAAUGAUACUAGAGUGGAUGUGGCAGGAGUAAGUAUAGCCAUCAAUGAUAGGAAUGGCACCUUCAGGAGCACCCUCACUCUUCAGCUUUACAGUGAUGCAGAAUACACAAAUUCCUUGAUCAUUCCAGAAUCAGGACUCACCUUGAAAACCAAGAUUUAUGCAGAAGUAAGAGCAACCAAACUGACUGACAAGUUCAAUGUCCUUCUUGAUCACUGCUAUACUUCAACCUCACGUUUUCACUUAAACUCUUCACUAACUUACGAUCUCUUCAUUGGAUGCAACAAAGAACAACAGACCAAUAUAGUGUCCAACGGAGAGGAUCAAUUUGCUAGGUUCUACUUCGAGGCAUUUCGUUUCACUGAGCAUCAAAAGCUGCCUGUCUCUACCUUCUAUCUACACUGUGCAACACGUCUCUGUGCAAAAGCUGCUUGCAGUGACUUUUAUCAAUGCAAAAGAAGAAAAAGAGAAGUACCAUUAAUAGUCACUACUCCAUUACCAGAUGAAGUGUCUGAUCCUUCAGUAAUUAGCUCUGAUGAAAUCAGGACCAGGAAUGAUAAUGUGGUGAACACAAAUGAUAAUUCAGGUACCAGCGGGAUGGCCAUAGAUUCAAUGGAGAAACAAACUGCCUUGGCAGAAAGCAUCUUCUUGGCUUCUGAGGAAGAGAGUUCCAACUACUCAAUGGAAACAUUAACAAGGCUUCCUUCUGCACAACCCACCAACUCAGAUAUUGACACUUCAAUGGCAACAUCAGAUGUAGAAUAUUUGAGAUCAUAA